UCGGAGCUGAAUUUCUCUUUCCAUAUAAUUUCUUAAUUGAUUCUGAGCCUAAGAGAGCACCUGAAUCUCCACCAUGCCUUCUUCUGCUCCUCUGGCCAGCGCUGCCAAUGGCAACCUGUCCGCCAACGAUAAUAUCCGCCGGUUUGACCCUCCGAGCCGUGUGCUCUCUCCCCAGACCCAUGCUCUCUUCCACAACAAGACACGAUGCUUCGUCUACGGUAUGCAGCCCAGAGCGGUGCAGGGUAUGCUCGACUUCGACUUCAUUUGCAAGCGCAGCACCCCUUCCGUCGCUGGUAUCAUCUACACCUUCGGUGGCCAGUUCGUGAGCAAGAUGUACUGGGGUACGAGCGAGACUCUGCUCCCCGUCUACCAGGACACUGCGAAGGCCUUUGCCAAGCACCCAGAUGUCGACACCGUCGUCAACUUUGCCUCGUCGCGUUCCGUCUACAGCUCCACCAUGGAGCUGAUGGAGUUUCCCCAGAUCAAGUCCAUUGCCAUCAUUGCCGAGGGUGUUCCUGAGAGACGCGCUCGUGAGAUCCUGGUUACCGCCAAGGAGAAGGGCAUCACGAUCAUCGGACCUGCUACUGUCGGUGGUAUCAAGCCCGGUGCUUUCAAGAUCGGUAACACUGGUGGUAUGAUGGACAACAUCGUCGCCUCCAAGCUUUACCGCAAGGGUUCCGUCGGCUACGUCUCCAAGUCCGGCGGUAUGUCCAACGAGCUGAACAACAUCGUUUCCCAGUGCACGGAUGGUGUCCACGAGGGUAUCGCCAUCGGUGGUGACAGAUACCCCGGAACCACCUUCAUCGACCACUUGCUCCGCUACCAGGCCGAUCCCGACUGCAAGAUCCUGCUGCUGCUUGGUGAGGUCGGUGGUGUCGAGGAGUACCGUGUCAUUGAGGCUGUCAAGAACGGCCAAAUCACCAAGCCCAUCGUUGCCUGGGCCAUCGGUACCUGCGCUAGCCUGUUCAAGACCGAGGUGCAGUUCGGCCACGCCGGUGCUUCGGCCAACUCCCAGCUGGAGACGGCCGUCAACAAGAACAAGGCCAUGCGCGAGGCUGGCUUCUACGUCCCCGACACCUUCGAGGAACUGCCUCAGGUCCUCACUGAGGUCUACCAGGACCUGGUGAAGAAGGGCACGAUCAAGCCCCAGGCUGAGCCCACCCCCCCCAAGAUCCCCAUCGACUACGCCUGGGCUCAGGAGCUGGGUCUCAUCCGUAAGCCCGCUUCGUUCAUCUCCACCAUCACCGACGACCGUGGCCAGGAGCUGCUGUACGCUGGUAUGCCCAUCUCCGACGUCUUCAAGGAGGACAUUGGCAUCGGUGGUGUCAUGUCGCUGCUGUGGUUCCGUCGCCGUCUCCCCACCUACGCCAGCAAGUUCCUGGAGAUGGUUCUCAUGCUGACUGCCGAUCACGGUCCCGCCGUGUCCGGUGCCAUGAACACCAUCAUCACCACCCGUGCUGGCAAGGACCUGAUCAGCGCCCUGGUCUCCGGUCUGUUGACAAUUGGUUCCCGCUUCGGUGGUGCUCUGGAUGGUGCCGCCGAGGAGUUCACCAAGGCUUUCGACAAGGGCCUGAGCCCCCGUGACUUUGUCGACAUCAUGCGCAAGGAGAACAAGCUGAUCCCUGGUAUCGGCCACAAGGUCAAGUCCCGCAACAACCCCGAUCUGCGUGUUGAGCUGGUCAAGGAGUACGUCAAGAAGCACUUCCCCAGCACCAAGCUGCUCGACUACGCCAUUGCCGUCGAGACCGUGACCACAUCCAAGAAGGAUAACCUCAUCCUGAACGUGGACGGCUGCAUUGCGGUCUGCUUCGUGGACCUGCUCCGCCACUGCGGCGCCUUCACCCCCGAGGAGGUUGAGGACUACAUGCGCAACGGCGUCCUGAACGGUCUUUUCGUUCUCGGCCGUAGCAUCGGUCUCAUUGCCCACUACCUCGACCAGAAGAGACUGCGCACCGGUCUCUACAGACACCCUUGGGAUGACAUCACCUACCUCCUCCCCACCCUGCAGAAGGGCGGCGCCGAGGGUCGCGUGGAGGUCUCUGUUUAAAAACUUUUCCUUAUCUCUCUCCUUUUCUCCUUCUCUGUGCCGGAAAAGCCAGCGUAGACGUGCUGAACAAUCGUGCGGGGCCCGUGAUUCAGUCAUAAAAACGUCGGAGUUCUUAUGAUGGGUUACACUUUUAUUUAUUUUUUCUUCCAUUUCCUUUUUGAUUCCACCGGUUUUUAAUUUGCCCAUUUUAUAUCAUUUCAAGGACACACAGUGCACAUGUGGCAUGACAGGCAG